UUUCACCGUGGAAGACAAGCCUGGUCGACUUUAAGCAGUAGCCCCAACCCGACCUUGAUACUGCCCCAGAGAUGGCAAACCCCAGUCAAGCUUCGAAUCACGUAUACUCUGCAUUUACGCUCCUCGGUGUCGUGUUGAUCGUCUUUCAAUUGCCAUUACAUCUCCGAGCCGAAAGGACUGGUACUUGCUUGUUCAUCGUCUGGGUUAGCUUGUCUAUGCUCAAUUCCUCUAUCAAUUCGAUCAUAUGGAGCAACAACACCAUCGACUUGGCCCCGGGCUGGUGUGAUUUAUCUUCUUAUGUGGCAGUUGCUUCCAAAUACGGUGUACAGCUUGCUCCGUUGUGCAUAGCUCGACGACUUUAUCGUAUCACGACUAUGAAGGCCGUUAAGCAGAGCCGGGAUGAGAUCAGACAUGAUAUGUUCGUCGAUCUUUUCAUUGGCGUUGGCAUUCCCUUGCUGCUGCUGCCCUUAUAUUAUGUCGUCCAGGCCAAUAAUUUUAUCUUGAUAGAGCAAGUGGGCUGUUACCCGGCGGCCGUAAGGACACCACCUGCUUUCCCACUUGUCAUAAUGUGGCCGCCCAUCUUUGGUCUAGUCAGCGCAGUUUAUUCUGCUCUCACGAUUUUCAUUACAAUCCGUCGCAAAUCCCAUAUGAAAGAAAUCAUGAAAAGCAAUAAGGACCUUAAAUCUGGAAAGUACUGGCGCCUGACAAUUCUUGCAGCCGCUCAAGUUGUCAUAAUACUACCUUCAGUCAUUUUCUCGUUAGUAAAUGAUGCAUCUGGUGGUCCAAUGUAUCCGUUCAACUGGGGCGUUAUACAUGCCGAUUUUACCUCUGUCAUACGGAUUCCUAUAUCCGUCUGGACAUUCAACCUGCAGAACGCGAUAGCAUUUCAGUGGGACCGUUGGAUGGUCGUCGUCUAUGCCAUAUUAUUUUUCGCUUUUUUUGGGUUGACAGGGGAAUGCUCACAAUAUUACCGUCGUAUCUUUUAUACUGCUUUAAAACCCUUCGGGUACUGCCCAUCGACUCCAAAUCCAGAUGUUUU